CAAAAGUAGAACCUGUUUUUCUUCCAGGGAGAGUACGCGGCUGUCGUAGUAAAAUCGAUUCAGUCGCUUAAGCCGCCCAAAACAGAUACAGUCGCGUCCUUUCUCAGUUCGUAAACAAGAUGUCGGUCAGCAGAUUAUCUAUUAUUAAAUUUUUAGAACUGCUCAUCGCAGUUAUAUGCGUCGGUUUACACUACAAAAGCCAGACCGGCGACUUGAACGUCGAUAUGCUUUCCGUGGUCGCUUUCGGAGGGUUCAUAAUCAUAUUGGUCGGCGGUUUCGCAGGAUACCUAAUGAGCACGCCGAUUAACAAAAGGAUCGACAUUUUCUUCAGCUUGGUGGGUUGCGCGAUGUUUAUCGCGGCCGGCGCUCUGAAUAUCAAGCAUUACGAAAAUUAUAGUCGAAGCGAGUACAGAGACUACGGCUUGUCAAAAGGAUCGAUGGCGGUGAUAAACGGCGCUCUGUUUUUGCUGGACUCGCUAUUGACGUGGCGCGGCGACUUUUAAUUUUGAUUAAACGUUUUCUGUAAACUUAUUAUCGCGGCUUAUACAAUUCCGCCAUAUUAAGAAAGAAAAAUACAAUUGGUCCAAUUGGAUUUUAUAUUUUGCAUUGGAUGUCGAAUAAGAAGCAAUCUUGUUACAUCCGUUGGAUAUUCGGCAUUCGUAUUUUUUUUUCAACGAGCUGACUAGCUUUAAUUGUAUCUCUUCGUUGUUUUUAUAUGAAUAUAUAAUUAGAUAUAAGACAAACGCACAUUUCUCCGCGACUUUUACAGACAUUCCUGUCGAAGAUGCUAUAACGUGUACCUCUAAACUAUGCCUUAACGCAGAUGGUCGUAUUUUUUUAAACGUUCUAACAAUCUAUUUUGUUAUUAGAGUCGUAUUCCAUUUUGUAAUCCAAAUUUUUACUAUGUCGAAAUGUGCGCAUUUUUAUGUGGUUGUAUUUUUGUACUAAUUGAAAUUUUAGUGUGUAGUUGUAGUAUAAGCACGUAACGUUAAAAUGUUGCUUUAGACGUAAUAAAAAUUUACUCCAGAUUCA